AUGUUGAUUGUAUGGAACGGUCAGACACCUGUCAGCUCGCAGCGCAUGCACGACUCGGGUUUUGCGCGGACGGUUUUCACUCUCCGCUUUCUGGCCCUUAUCAUACGCUCGCCCUUGAACAAGUUGAUCCCGGACGGUCCCAGUGCAUGGGCUCAGUGGCUUCGGCGCGCAUCUUCUCUCAUUGCAUCGGUUUUUGCCAAUGAAAUUUUAAUUCCGGUCCCCACUUCUUCUAAUAAGCUAUAUCAUGUCAAGGCACUGAGCAGAACCCCUUCUCCGCCCUCGUGCUUCCGAUUCCACAUCAUUUCAGACAUGACGGUGCUCGCUGAGCUCAUAAAUUAUGUGGCUGCACAACGACUUGCUACGCGAUACUUGCCUUUCUGUGACACGAUUUUUCUCUGUCUGACUCACCAAUUGGCGGUAGAUAUCGACCCAUACACCUGCCAUAUUGUUGAAACGAUACGAGGAUGGUUGAUGAUUUUUGGCUUUAUUUUGUCUGAAGUAAUCUUGACCCUACGCGCAUGGGCAGUAUGGGAACGAGAUCUACGUCUGGGUGUCUUUCUGUUAUCCCUGUUUACGCUCACGACUGUGGCGGAGAUAUAUGUGACGAAUUUCUUCCUUCGCGGCCUGCAAUCUGACACUUCAUGUCAAGUUAGUACAAAGCCAUAUCCAGAAUAUGUCGGUUGCUUUCCCACCGGCGGAAAUCGCAUGGUGUACUUGGAUUGGGUUACAUUAAUGAUUUACGAAGCUGUAAUACUGGUCUUGAUGAUAAUUCCUGGAAUUGCUGCCUGGAUAAUAAUGUAUAUCUACCUUUUUGUCAAUGUCAUAGUCGUGUGCGCACUCUCUCCAGAGUAUGUCGCGGUUAUUUUCUCACAGAAGAACAUUUAUUUGUUCUCCAUAUCUCUUGCAACGAAACAGCUUUCAUCGUAUGACCAUGAGAAAUCUUCGCUUCGACCUGCAUUACGACCUACAACCUCACAAUGCCCACUGGCGACGGAGCGUAUAAAGCUGAGAAUAUCGCUUGCCAAGCUUCUCCGGAUGGUCUGGGAGGAACUGAGCCGACGGAAAGCACUAGCUACCACCGUGACAUUAACGCGCGCAGUAUACUGUCGGUUAUAUACCAAAGGAGGCCCACUCGAAUCAAACAACCCGAUCUUCUCCAACGAUCGCUCCAUCAGUCGUAUCUCGUCUAAACCACUGAGACAUAUGAGACCUGUUCAUACGGCUGCCUCGCUGAAGAGUAUUGCAGCAGCACCAUUAUUUUCAGGACUUCGCCGCUUUCCGCAUGGUCGCCGGUUCAAGCAGUGGACGGGUGAUGACUCAAAGGCUCUCAUGAAGGUUUACCUUCCAGCCAUCUCGGGAUAUGUACCCCCCGAAAUGGUGCAGUGUAUCAGCGCAUUUUUGGAUGCCUGCUCCAUUGCCCGUCGAGCCGACAUCACUCAAGAAUCACUCGCCGCGCUCCAAACGGCCAUUGAGAGGUUUCACACGCACCGUGAAAAUUUCCGUACAUGCGGUGUUCGACCCACUGGCUUCAACCUCCCCCGACAGCACUCUCUUGUCCACCUCAUCCACCAAAUCCAGGAGUUUGGUGCUCCUGGCGGGCUAUGCUCAUCGAUCACUGAAUCCCGCCACAUUACCGCUGUCAAACGGCCUUGGCGUCGUUCAAACCGCUACGAAGCGUUGGGGCAGAUGCUGCUUACCAAUCAACGGCUGGACAAGCUCCUUCGAGCGCGCGCGGAUUUCGUCGAGCGUCGGAUGCUUCCCCCUUCCCAUUUGCCACCUCCAAAACCUAUCAUACCCCUCGGCGACGAUGACGAGGACACUGGCAUCAUCGACGAGUACGUGACUGGGAAUGUUGCACUGGCAAGAACCCGAAUACGAGCUUAUCCACGCCGCCUCGCUGAGUUGGCCAACCACAUCGGCUGCCCUCCACUUGUUGAACUUACCCGACGUUUCCUCUAUGACCAACUCCACACAGAUGACGGCACCUCAUCAGCCGACAUACCCAUUCAGCAAUGCCCAUAUCCAACAGGCAGGGUCUCUGUCUUCCACUCUGCCGUUGCCACCUUCUAUGCACCAAGCGACGAGUCAGGCAUCCGGGGCAUGCGAACCGAGCGUAUACGGUCCACUCCAUCUUGGCGCAAGCACGGCCCACGGCGCGAUUGUGCAUUAGUUGUUGAGGACCAAGACAAGCCGGGCAUGAAGGGGAUGAGCGUGGUCCGCGUGAAACUUCUCUUUUCAUUCGAGUAUGAUGGGAAGACGUAUCCGUGUGCGCUCGUUGAUUGGUUCAAACGUGUGGGCGCGUCACCCGAUCCGGAAACAGGGAUGUGGAAGCUCAAACGCGCCAAACCUCACAAGCGCCGCCAAACAAUGUGCUAUCUUGCUGAUGACGUCUGCAAGAUUGAGGGCGUGGAAGGCCCAGAAAAGAGCGCUUUGUAUCUGUCGCUGUCAGGAACGAAGCCUGUGGACGAUUCUGCUCGUAUUACACCCAGAGGAAACUCCGGGUCAGGAUCAUCUGAGGUUGACCCUGUAGUUUUCGUUGUUGAUAAGGGCGCCGCUGAGAAGAGACCAAAGUCUGCGAGUAAUGCGGGCUCGAAUGAAUUGCCUGCACAGAAGAUUGAACAACGUUAUGUGUAUUACCGACUUUACGACGAUGAUGGCGAAGCUGUCUCGAAAACGUUGUUUGACGAGAGCGACUCUUCUUUGGGUCGUAUCGACAUAUUUACCAUUCCGCCACCUCACACAGUCGCUUCCUUGAAAGAUCGUCUUAUUCAUGUAGAAGGGGUCUUGGGUCACGACAUUCACUUGCUUGAAAACGAGGAUGGAGAGGUUACCUUGAACGAUGGCGAUGCCAUUGCCCUUCUCCCUGACAAUUGUCCGGGCUCAAAGGAGGGUCAGCCGAUAGUGUUCACAUAUUCACGGAAGGGUUCUGAUAACACGACGGCACUGGAGACUCGUCCCUCCUUUUCGAAAUGCCUUACAGCCAAGUAUGGCUGGGUUGUUCCCAAAAAAUAUGUGACUUUGUCCUGA